GUCAGUGAGUCAGGGCCCCAGAGCUGCGGGAACAAAGGUCCAGAGGGUGGGACUCCACAGGAUUCCUGAGGCGGGCAGAUCCCGGGCUCCUCCCCCGGGCACUCCAGUGCAAGCCAUGGAGUUCGACCUGGCCGCAGCUUUGGGCCCCAAUUCCAAGAAGCCAGCGGGCGCAGGCCAGAUGGGAGACUCCCAGCAUUGUCCUCUGAAACCUCCGGACCGGCCAGAGGCCGGCGCUGCUCACAAGCCAGGGGAUGGCCGCCGCAGCUCUUCCGACUCCAGCAGCAGCAGCAGCAGCAGCAGCAGCUCCAGAGACUCGGAGGCGAAAGGGAAGCCGAGUGCUCCGGGCUGCAAGCAGCACGAACGCGCUCCGGAUAAGGCCAAGAAGCCCAAGGUGAAGAAGGAGAAGAAGAAGAAGAAAGCCCCCCACUAAGUCAUUAAAGCUCCCUGCCGCCCUCCGUCCCGUCCGCCGCCCCGCUCCCCAGCGUCCCCUAUCCGGCAGGCACGAAACCGA